UGAUAGGCACAGUUUGAUUUCAUUCGUCUACAGUUCUAGAACUAUCCAACGCAUAGAGUGAGAGGUUCCGUGAUUCGGUUCAACUUUGUGAUCUGUUUUCGCGAAAAACAGAUUUACUAGCAAACAAAAGUCUUUUAACUAGUGAUUUUAGUUUUAUAGUGGAGUUGAUCCCGCCACACUCAGUAACCAAAUUAGCCUACAGAAUGAAGAUGUUCAAGUGUUUAUUGGUGAUAAGCUGCCUAGUGACAGUGUCCAUGGCCCACAGUGCAUCUGCAGCACACUCGCUGAACUCGAACACCAUCGACGACAGCCAGGACCAGCCACAGCAACAGACACCUCGAUCGGGAUCAUACCUAGGCGAGAUCAAAUACCUGUACAAAACGUACCAGGACUGUGCCAAUUCCGAUGUGCCUACCUGUCUGAAACUGAAGCUUUUCACCAUCCUUGACCGCGUCUCCCGAUCACUGAAGGACUUCAAGAUCACCGAAGGAGUCAAGUUUGUCCGCGAUCAGGAACUCCCAGUUGACAGCGCCCCAAUCAAGAGCGAAUCUCAGAUCGAGAUGGAAUUGCCUCGCUCCUUGGAUGAGAAGGAACGCUCCCUAAACUCGAUGCUGUUCGAUAAGGUUCUAUCCUUCUUCCAAUCUCAUACCCUGCAAGUCAAGUUCCCAUCCAGCGAAGAGAUCAAGCGCUCCAUGGAGGAAACUCGCGGAGGCGGUCUCGGAGGCGGUCUUGGAGGCGGAUAUGGCGGCGGUCUCGGAAACAAGAACAAGGACAAGAAGAACGGUCACUGGAUCAUGAUCCCUCUGCUGCUCGGAUCAACCCUGGUCCCACUUGCCUUCGGUGCCCUAGCUUUGCUGGCCGGUAAAGCUUUGAUCGUAUCCAAACUCGCCCUUGCUCUUGCCUCGAUCAUCGGAAUCAAAAAACUGAUCUCCAGCGGAGGUGGCCACCAUGAAUCUGCCCAUGAGGUCGUCGUUUCCGGCGGACACGGAGGUGGCUGGGGACGUAUCGGUGCUGCCCAAGGAAUGGCCUACAAUGGCUACGGACACUACGGCCAGUAAGUCUUCCCGACUGACCACCGACCAACGACGCUCCGCUCUGCGACGCCCUCAACGGGUCUAAUCUGGUAGGCGUACCACAAAACAAAAAGCGUCCUUCCAUUCAACACCACGCUAAGCCAAAGCUUGUGAAGAACUAGCUCACGACAAUAAGAAAAGAAAAAAAUAGAAACACAAACAUGUUAACUAAACCGGAAAUGCCAACAUCGACCGUAUGAGUUUCAGGAAACCGACUGAUGAUCGAAAAAGGGAAUAUCCAAAAUUUUUGUUUGUUUUUUGCGUUACCUCAGCUAUUAUUCUUCUAACAACGUGCUAUCCUCUUUUUGGGUACAGCUAAAAAAAAGUCAUGGAACGUAUCAAAAUGCCACCGUUCCAGCUCCUAUUAUUUUGGAUGCAAAAGCCCGUAGCAUUUUUUUAGAACCAGUUUUAAAAACUUGCUAGCAUAUUUAUUUAACUUAAUUGUAAUUUAAUUUAUUACACUCGAAGAACUGAUUAUUUAUUUAAUUAGGUCUUAUAGGACUCAUUUGUAAAAAGUCAAAUAAAACUAAAUGAAGAAAUGAAAAAUAGAAA